AUGGCCGAUGGUUAUCGAUUUUCUCAGCAGAGCGCUGGAAGUUAUCACUUACCACAACACUCACAAGCCCAAUUCUCACGUCACCAAACUAUCCGUAACAUCACCCCACCAAACAACUCAAGAGGCUCUACAUACAACGUCAAGACACCUUCACCAACUCGAUCAUCUAAUCCUCAUUCUCCAGUGCCAGGAACUUACGGCAUGUUCAACCAAUCUCACCAACCAGGGCAACACGGCCGUGUCAACGGAGGAGGUCGCGGAAUGCCAAUUUUAUACAAUUUUCAGCAUCAAAACUCACACCAACAGCAUUCGCAACAUCACAAUGGCAUCCAACAAGACCACUCUACACACACAGCUAACAGCUCACUAAUCAACCAACAUCAUUCAAACUAUUCAUCUGGAGUGCUGACAAAUUCAACACCUACUUUCACACCAAGUGUUCUGCACAACAGUCACCCAACAACAGCUCGAAAUGGCCAUCCACAACAGUAUAGCGAGCACUGGACAGAACAACUAGAACUGCACAAAGAAUCGGAACGACUUCACCAUGAUGCAAAAGACAGAGGAGUGACAAACUAUUUUGCCAGAAGUAAGGCACAGGAUAACAAAGGAUUAAUACCUACUUUACCACCUUCUGAACCAACUGAUACUACUGAAGGAGAUUCCUAUGAUCUUGGUCGCAUGUCUAAUCAGUCAAGCACUACAAAGAGGCAGGAUUGGCAUAAUAUGGAUCUUAGUGGGCAAGGACUUCGUGUUCUCACUUCGCCACUAUUUAAUUAUGUAUUCUUGAAAGAACUUUAUCUUGCAUCAAACAAUCUUACGCGCCUCCCUCCAUCAGUCGGUAACUUGCGGCAUCUCACUCAUCUAGACGCUUCAAAGAACCAACUCACAGACCUCCCUCGGGAAUUAGGAAUGUGCGUAUACUUGAAGCAAUUAUUAGUAUUUGAUAACCAGAUUAUAAAGUUACCACACGAGCUUGGCUCCCUAUUUCAACUAGAAAUGCUUGGUAUUGAAGGGAAUCCCCUAGACGCUGCGCAAAAAACAAUAAUCAUGGAAAGUGGGACAAAGGCAUUAAUCAAUAACCUCAGAGAACAAGCACCAACACCCCAGGAUCCUAUACCUCGAAGAGUGAUAAGCUUAUUAGACGAAGGAGCUACGACCCCAAAGGAAACAAUAAAAGUCUUUUCAUUCAAUAUUCUUUCUGAUCAAGCCUGUACUCAACGACUAUACGGCUAUACUCCACAAGCAGCCCUUUCAUGGGAGCAUAGAAGAGAGGCAGUAUUAAAAGAAAUCACUACCAGUAACGCUGAUUUUGUCUGUCUUCAAGAAGUCGACACUGAUACAUUCCGGGAAUAUUUUAGCACCAAACUUGCAUACGUAGAAUACAAGGGUGUAUUCUGGCCUAGGUCAAGAGCUAAAACAAUGUCAGAGAAGGACGCUAAAAAUGUAGAUGGUUGUGCAACUUUUUAUAAGCAUCAAAAAUAUAUAUUGUUGGACAAGCAGUUGGUCGAUUUCGCUAAUAUAGCUAUUAAUCGACCAGAUAUGAAGAACCAACAUGAUAUCUUCAAUCGAGUCAUGCCUAGAGAUCACAUUGGUGUGGUUUGCUUUUUCGAAAAUCGUCUAACGGGCUCCAGGCUUAUACUCGUCAAUACUCAUAUAUUCUGGGAUCCAGUGUAUGCAGAUGUGAAACUCAUUCAAACGGCAAUACUAUUGAGUGAAGUUAGUCGAUUGGCAGAAAAAUAUGCGAAAUGGGGGCCUUGCAAAGAGAACAAAGCUUAUUCUCCUGAUGAUCAAAAAGCCUCUUCUAAUGAGGGAGAAGAUCAAACACCCCAGCCAUCUAAAGAGUAUGAUAGCAAAACUCAAAUCCCAUUAAUAAUUUGCUCCGACCUAAAUUCAACAUCUAGCUCUAGUGUCUUUGAGCUGCUUGCCAGAGGAAAUGUUCGACCGAACCAUCCGGAACUUGGUGGCCGGAGCUAUGGCAACUUUACCAAGGAUGGUAUUGAUCAUCCGUUUUCUUUAAAAUCAGCCUACACUAAUCUAGAUAAAUCGCAAGAUUCUGUUCCAUUCACCAACUAUACUCCGGGGUUUCGAGGUGUCAUUGACCAUAUCUGGUAUUCGACUAACGCACUGGAAAACAUAAGUCUUCUUGGUCAGGUGGAUCCUGAAUACAUGAAGACUGUACCAGGAUUCCCGAAUCAUCAUUAUCCAAGUGAUCACCUCUCCUUGAUGGCCGAGUUUGCGGUUAAGGGCAACAAGAUCAAAAAACCAUUUGCGGACCCCGACUUUGGCCCAUCUAACCAGGCCAGCAGUCGUCGGCGGGGAUGA